GAAAGUUCAACAUCUUUUCAGGCAAAGGAAUAUUAAGAAAAAGAAAACUUUGUCAAAUGAUGAAUUUGGCAUUGAUCUUAAUCCCAUCAUUUUUUGUGUCUAUUUGUGUCAAAGCACAUGCAAAUAAGGAAGCAAAUAUAUAUGAAACAUGCCAAACAAGUCAAUAUGGGACGUAUAAAGUUGCCCUUCGAUUCUGUGACAGAGGAUAUUGGCGUACAACUGGUCAACAGAAAACUCAUAAUGGUCAACAGAAAACUUCUCAUGGUCAUCUGAAAACUCUGAGUGGUCAAAACAAAACUCUUCGCAUUCACAAAAGUGGAACAUCUUGCAAAGAUAUUUUGACAAAAUAUCCAUCUGCAAUGUCUGGAGUCUACUGGAUCGACGUAUCGAAUCAGACGUUUGAAGUGUAUUGCGACAUGGAGACGCAGGGAGGAGGCUGGACACUAGUUUAUAGCUACACCUUUACAAACUACCAAAGCUUUAAGUCAAGCAGCAAUGCUGUUACUCCCCGACCUAACUGGCCAGCAGCUAGAGCAUCGGUACCAGUUUCAAAGACUCCUCCAUUGAGUAAAUUAUCUUUAGGAGCAAUCGAUUGGAGUAUUUGGAAGGAAAUUGGAAACGAGUUCAUGGUGACGUCAAAUAUUAAUGAUUGGAUCGUUUGCCAGCCUAAAACCGGAAGUUUGGUCACAGAGAAAAGUGGAGCUGUAUCAUGUCAAAAUAUCAAGAAUGUUAAUGCUGCCUGCAAAAGCUUUGCUCCUAUAACCGUCUCAUGGGGAUACUAUGGUCCAAUGUUAAGAGCCAGCAAAUAUAUUUAUGAUAUUUAUUAUUACUUUGAAGGUAGCACGAUCAAUGAUUGGCCAACGCACGAUCCAUGUGGCAAAAAUCAAUCCAAUCAAAAGAAAAACGUUCUAAAUCCGCGAGGGAACAUAUAUCUUCGAUAGAACUACUAAAGUGAAACCUGCGCUUUUAGCUUACAUUUUUGUUUAGUUUUACUAUAGUACAAAUACUAAAAAAAUAUAUCACUUGCUGCACUCUCAAAA